UUCUGUACAGCCGGAACACCAUCUGAAGAAGGGCUGAACGCCACCGCAAGACCGCAACCAUGAACGGCACAGAGGGACCAGAUUUCUACGUCCCUAUGUCCAAUGCUACUGGCAUUGUUAGGAACCCUUAUGAAUACCCCCAGUACUACCUUGUCAGCCCAGCGGCGUACUCACUCAUGGCUGCCUACAUGUUCUUCCUCAUCCUCACCGGCUUCCCCAUCAACUUCCUCACACUCUACGUCACCAUCGAGCACAAAAAGCUGAGGACCGCCCUGAACUACAUCCUGCUCAACCUGGCUGUGGCCGAUCUCUUCAUGGUAAUCGGCGGUUUCACCACUACGAUGUAUACCUCCAUGCAUGGCUAUUUCGUCUUUGGAAGAACGGGCUGCAACAUCGAGGGAUUCUUUGCUACCCAUGGUGGUGAGAUUGCCCUGUGGUCCCUGGUCGUCCUGGCUGUCGAGAGGUGGUUGGUCGUCUGCAAACCUAUUAGCAACUUCCGCUUCAGUGAGACCCAUGCCAUCAUGGGCGUGGCCUUUACCUGGGUCAUGGCUUCUGCUUGCUCCGUGCCCCCUCUGCUCGGCUGGUCCCGCUAUAUCCCCGAAGGCAUGCAGUGCUCAUGUGGAAUUGACUACUACACACGCGCCCCCGAGAUCAACAACGAGUCCUUUGUCAUCUACAUGUUCAUUGUCCACUUUUUGAUUCCCCUGAUAGUCAUCAGCUUCUGCUACGGCAACCUGCUCUGCGCUGUCAAGGCAGCAGCUGCUGCCCAGCAGGAAUCUGAGACCACCCAGAGGGCUGAGAGGGAAGUGACCCGCAUGGUCAUCAUGAUGGUCGUCUCCUUCCUAGUGUGCUGGGUGCCCUACGCCAGCGUGGCCUGGUAUAUCUUCUGCAACCAGGGAUCAGAGUUCGGCCCCGUCUUCAUGACAAUUCCGGCAUUCUUUGCCAAGAGUUCGUCCCUGUACAACCCUCUCAUCUACGUGUUGAUGAACAAGCAGUUCCGCAACUGCAUGAUCACCACCAUAUGCUGUGGGAAGAACCCCUUCGAGGAGGAGGAUGGAGCCUCCACCACUGCCUCCAAGACCGAGGCCUCUUCCGUGUCCUCCAGCUCCGUGGCUCCUGCAUAA